CUCGCGGAUUCCUCGUCUCGAUCGCAUCCGCCUCUCGUAGUCUCGUUUCCUCUCUUCCGUCUCCAUCUCCACCACCACCACCACCACGGCCACGCGACCCAAAACCAAAGCGAAGAGAAGCCCAAAGGCAGCGAGCCUUUCCGCCCGUUUCCCCACGCGGCUGCUGCUGCCGCUGCCGCCCCCGAACCCAAAAGUCGCUUUUCGGGCGGCUCGUUAGGGUUUUUUUCCUGCCAAUGUCGCACCCGCUUGUCCCCUCCUGACUUCGAUUCGCCGGCCGUGCUCUGCCCCUGUGCUACAUAACCAGCUUCCACUCGCGACCCAAUGGAGGUGGUGGUGGAGCAGCCGCAGCCGCAGCCGCAGCGGGAGGAGGAGGAGGAGGGGCAACCGGGCGUCGGCGGCGGCGGCGGCGGCGGCGGCGUGGAGAGGUGCGGGCGGCACCCGUCCCAGGUCUUCACCGGCGUCUGCUCCACCUGCCUCAUGGAGCGCCUCUCCUCCGUCCGCAACCCUGCCGAGGAGGAGGAGGAGGAGAUCGUCGAGGUCGGGACCGCCGACGCCGGCGAGGGAUCCAGCGCCGACCACGGCAAGCUGCGGAAGACGCUCAUGCUGCUGUUCCAGCUGGACGACUCCUGCAGCGGCAGCGCCGUUGGUGCCGCGCAUCCGGCCGACGCCAAGGAUCCCCAGGUCGCCGAUUUCGAGGUGGACCCUGGAGGUGGGAAUCGAGGGGCUAAGUGGAAGGGCGGGGCGUGGCUCAGGUCGAUCUUGCCGAGGAAGGGGAUGCGGUGGAGUAGGAGGAAGGAGCCCCCGCGGCCGCCGCGGCCGAGGCCGGUGGAUCCGGACGGCGCUGGCGACAAUGCGCAGGUGGAGAGGAAGCCCAGCUUCCGGCGAUCCUGCGAGUGGAUGGUCUGCCGGGAGCCCGUGAGAGGGUCGGGCUCCCUGGAGCCGCCGCGGCAUUCGUGGGACGGGUCGAUGGUGGGGAGGGCCUUGGCUUGCUCGUUCGCCUGCUUGGAGGAGCCUCAGCCGCCUCCGGAUGGGGAGAGGAGGGCUCAGCGGAGCAAUGCAGAGGAAGAGGCUGGGGAGAGUCGUGCCGGCGUUGCAGAGAGCAGGAAUGGGGAUCAUUUGGCUGAUGCCGGCGGCGAGGGGCGCCAUCUCAGUGGAAGAAGGAAUUGCAGUGACACCGGGCCGGAGAUGACAAUGUCAGGUGUCGGAAGGCGGAGGUCGAACAGGUGGAGCAGGGUGUGGGAUCGUAGCAUCACUAGCCCACUCAAGGAGUUUGUGAGGAAAGGGGAGCAUGUUCUUGAGCGGUCGCUCUCGGAAUCGAGGAAGGAUACCAGAAGGGGUAGAAAUGGGGAGACUGGAGACAUGGAUUGCGAAAUUCAGCCUGGACGCAACGGCCAUGGUUCAGUCAGAGCAAGCCAAGGUUCAUUCAGAAGCUCACAAGCUGUAGCUAAUGGGGAUGUCCAUAAUUUCCGCACAGAUUGGCUUAGGAAUAAGGAAUGCAAGAUUGGCAGAAGCAGGAGUGUGCAUUAUACUUCUCCUGGGAACUUGGAUAACGGGAUGUUGCGGUUUUACCUGACACCAAUGAGAAGUGCAAGAACAGCGAACAGGGGGAGGAGGAGGAAUUCACGCUUGUUCUCAAGAGGACUUUUUGGCUUCAUUUGAGUGGCUGAAGUAGAAUUCUAGCCCAUGCCAUGUGUUUUAGAAGAUGGCAGCAGUAGAAGCAACUUUUCUUCACAAUCUACUUGGUUUCUAAGGACUGGCAACAUAGUAAGUUUUCACACUAUUCUUUCUUCUAGGACAUUGUUAAGUCCCAAUUUAGAAUCAGGAAGCUUCAGUAUUAGUUGCAGAAUUGCUGCUCUAUUCUUUUAAGAUGUUGUUUAUAGAUGAAAUCUGGACAGAGCUGUGCAGAUUAGUAUCAUAAUGUAAUUAUUUACUUUGAUAAUAAUAUAUUUGUGUUAUUUACUUCUUUUUUAAGAUAA